AUAUCAAGAUAAAUAGAGACAAAUUUUAAGAGAGGAGCACAUAUAUUUUUAACCAGCAUCCCUGGGUGUUUGAUUUUAGGGAAGAUCUUGUGAAAGUUUGUCAAGAUGAAGAUUCUUUUCCUCAGCCUUGUUCUAUGCCUAUUCUUCAUUCUCCAAGUUAAGGAGUUACAAUCUUCUGAAGAAGUAUUUGAGAGCAUAUUCUUUAUAAAGGCUAUUGUGGAAGACAAGGAAUUAACUAAGGAGAAGAGGCCUAAGGCCUUUCCACCUGUUAUAAUCCAGCAACUUGAUGAUGGUAAUAUGGAGAUCAAUGUUUUAAUGAAGAAGAAUGGCGAGUGCCAAAACAGUAAAACAAAACUUGAGAAAACAGUUGAACUCAACAAAUUCACUAUGAAUGAGGGUAAACUCCAGGUGUAUAUAACCAAGAUGUCUGUGACAGAUCAUUGGAUUAUCCUUUAUGAGGGUGAGCUCCUUGGUGAGCAAAUCAGAGUGGCCAAACUUCUGGCUCCAUACAUGUAUGCAAACCAGGAAGCUAUUAAGGAGUUUAAAUUGUUCAGCAAGAAGGAAGGAUUUGAUGAAAGAAAAAUCAUCUUUCCCAGAAUAGAAGAGGAAUGCACCUUUGACUCUAUUUCAGAAGAAGACAAAUUCAUUCUACCUGAGUAUGAGUGAUAUCCAGGAAAUCUUGGCCAUCUCAGAUGAUCAGCAGGUUCCUUUAUCUGACUUCGCUUUCCAGAUUCCUCCUGUAUUUUCUAAUAUUGUCUUCCAGAACUAUAUAAAAAUACGAAGCAAUUA